GGGUCGGUCACGCGGACGGUAGCGGGGGGGCGGACCGAGUCCGGAACCACGGCGGCCUCGGGAGAAGCGGAUGCAGACCCUGCGGCCAACUUGUUCCCGCAGGCCUGUCGGACAGGGGCGCGGUCCCCAUUUGACAGAUGAGGAAACUACAAUUACCCAAGACGACGAGAUCUCCAGCCUUCCCGCCUCCCCGGUCCAAAGAGGGAGGGUGGGCGCACGGCCGCGGAGCACUGUCAACGGGGACAGCCACAGGUUCCCCGACCCUCCGACCCUCCGCUGUAUAAGUGACGAGAACCCUAGGAGUUCCUUCACACCACACCCCUCACUUACAGUGGAGAAAGUCACACCCAGGGAGCAAGUGACUUGCCCAGUGAGGGCAGUGGAAGGGCAAACCCUCAAGCUGAGGAAGUACCUGGAUCUCCAUUCCCUGCACAGGCUGGAGAAGACCGCCAACGCUGAGGAGAUGAGGGAUGUGCUAGCUGAGCUCUUGGGGCUAAGCUGUCCUGAGCCAAGCCUGAAGGAGGCCAUCACCCUAGACCUCUUCUCCCACGCGCUUCUCUUCUGCCGUCAGCAGGGCUUCUCGCUGGAACAGACAUCCACGGCGUGUGCCCUGCUCCAAGACCUUCAUAAGGCCUGUGUUGCAACCCCCCUGGGCAACGUGGAGGAAUGUUACCGCUACUUCAUCAGUGUCCUUUUUUGCCAUGGAGUCAGGCGGCCCCCCUUCAGUAUCAACCUCUUUAGGGAGGAACAGCUGCUGGCCCUGGCAGAUUAUGUGGUCAACACCUACUUUCGCCACUUUAAGCUCUACAAAUACGUCUUCACGCCCCAGGUGCGACUGGAUCUGUCUUUGACUUACGUGGGGCUACAGCCCCCCAAGCUCUUGCCAGAGGAGGAGACAGAGAAAGGCGGCGAGGAGGUGGAGCAGGGCGUCAGCCCACAAGAGGAACCAGAAACAGGGAUCCAGCCGGAGCCGGAGCCAGAGCCGGAGCCAAGCCAGGUCUCCAGCCUGCAAGCCUACAUCAGGACCCAGAUGGACAAGGAGCUGAGGCAGCUCCAACAGCUGAUGGAGGAGCAGCUCCAGGCCAGCGAGGACCGGCUCAGCAGCAAGCUGACCGCCCUCGAGCGGCCCUUCCAGCCACCUUCUGGCAAAGGCAAGAACAAGACCAAGUGACCCCCAGCGUUUUCCCCAAUAAACGCCCAGGGCAGGGCAGCCCCAUCCCGGCCCUGCUCCUGAGCACCUUCUGGGCUCCUGUGCCAAAGCCGGACACCAGACACUGGGCACCGGCUC